AGAAGAAAAGAGCAAGGGACAGCUGCGGCGCGGGAACAGAGCUGGGGGCACGACAUCCGCGGUGUCUCCUCUGGGUUCCAGCCAACCGGGCCCGCAACGUGAGGAAGAAAAUCUCCCUGCACCUUCCGCCCACCCUCGAAGGAGUAUCAGAGAGCGUUUCCGAAGCCCGCUGUAGGAGCCCCUGUGCCCGCAGCGCCGUGGGACUAGAGUAGCGAGGCAACCCGGGUGCCGGCUCCAGGCUUCCACUCUUCGGAGAGAGCACAGUGGGGAUCACUGCCUUCCCUCACUGGGCACAACUCUGGGGCCAGCAGCGCGCGGCUGGACCAAGUACCGCUUCCCGCCGACUCACCCAGAGUGAAGGGACAGCCCCUGCCCUCCUGCCCGCUUCCACUUCUUGUAGUGCUACCUUCCCCAGCACCUGCGAGGAUCCCCGACGCCCAGGUGGCGAGCCCUUUGGCUCUCGAUCCCUGCAGCGCCCCUGGCCCGAUGAAAAGCGCGCCGGUUGCAUUUCCUUGAGUGCGGGAGCCAGCUGGCGUCCUAGCCGAGCACUGGGGUCCGCCGGCUCGUCCCCCUCUGGGGUGUCGCAGAGAACCGGGAAGUGCGCACCAUGAAGUCCGUGCUGUUCAGUCGCUUUUUCAUCCUCCUGCCCUGGAUCCUAAUUGUCAUCAUCAUGCUCGACGUGGACACGCGCAGGCCUGCGCCCCCCCUUACUCCGCGCCCCUACUUCUCUCCCUAUCCAGUGGGCCGCGGGGGCGUCAGACUCCCGCUCCGCAGAGGUAGCUCCGGGCGCGGUGCCGAGAAGCGCAACGAGUCUCGGCCGCAACCGGAGCCGCGGCUGCCCACCAUCUAUGCCAUCACGCCCACCUACAGCCGCCCGGUGCAAAAAGCCGAGCUGACCCGGCUGGCCAACACAUUCCGCCAGGUGGCGCAGCUGCACUGGAUCCUGGUAGAGGAUGCUGCGGCGCGCAGCGAACUGGUGAGCCGCUUCCUGGCGCGGGCCGGGCUGCCCAACACGCACCUGCAUGUGCCCACGCCGCGGCGCUAUAAACGGCCAGGGUUGCCGCGCGCCACGGAGCAGCGCAACGCGGGCCUAGCCUGGCUGCGGCAGAGGCAUCAGCACCAGCGCGCGCAGCCAGGUGUGCUCUUCUUCGCAGACGACGACAACACCUACAGUCUGGAGCUCUUCCAGGAGAUGCGAACCACACGUAAGGUUUCUGUCUGGCCAGUGGGCCUGGUUGGUGGUCGACGCUAUGAACGUCCAUUGGUGGAAAAUGGAAAAGUCGUUGGUUGGUACACCGGCUGGAGAGCAGACAGGCCUUUUGCCAUCGACAUGGCAGGAUUUGCUGUAAGUCUUCAAGUCAUCUUGUCUAAUCCAAAAGCUGUAUUUAAGCGUCGUGGGUCCCAGCCAGGGAUGCAAGAAUCUGACUUUCUAAAACAGAUAACAACAGUGGAAGAACUGGAACCAAAAGCAAAUAACUGCACCAAGGUUCUUGUGUGGCACACUCGGACAGAGAAGGUUAAUCUAGCCAACGAGCCCAAGUACCACCUGGACACAGUGAAAAUUGAGGUGUAAGAUGAAGCAAAAACUGGCACAAUCAACCUGGCCAGUGAUGUGGAAGAGGAUGACUGGUGUUUAGGAUGCAGAGCAUUCAGGUAUUGUUUAUUUUACUUCAGUACAACGGCCUUUAUUGUCAUCUGAUGGACAUCUGUCUAAACAGAGCUUGUCAGUUAAUGUAACUAAUUUGAUGGUACAAAAUUUUUGUUUUGUCUUCAUUUUUUCUGCAUGUUUUCUCUCCAACUUAACUGGAGAAUUUUUGUACAGUACAGCUAAUGAUGCAAAAUACCAAUCUCAAUAUCUUAUUUAAUUUUUCUGUCCCCCCCCCUCAUUUGGCCUGAUAAUUGGUAGAACUGAAUAGGUGUAAUACUUGCCCUGACAAGUAUUUUGUCAAUUGAACAUUACCAAUUCCUAACUUCACAUGAAGUAAAUUUUGGAAGGCUUGUGGCAGUAUUCAUUAUAGGAGGAAAAAAAAAAGUCCACAAAUAAAAAGGUCUAUGGAUUUAUCUGUUUAAUAUAUAGGGAAAUAACAUUUUGUCAAUACUAGGCACCAUAAAAUGUAAACACAAUUACUGUCAUAAACCUGGAUAUACCUUCAAGGAUUAAAAGUGGCUUUUAGUUACCCUGUUUGCAUAUAGUGCAGAAAAAGGUCUUCAUGUUAGCACUAUGUACAUAAGAAGAGAUCCAAAUUAUAAGAGGCAGGUAAAAUUCAAAUUCUUUAAACAUUCAUUAAAUUAAGUUUUAUAGUAACAUCCAGGUUUAUCUUCCUUUCACUAACCACGUUCCCUGUUAAGCACAUCAUAACAACAGCACGGUGAAGUGAAUGAUGAAAUAAAAGAAUUUUGAUACACUAGAAAACAGUGCUCAGUGAUACAUUUACAUUCUAUUUAUAUGAUUAAACAUUUGAUCAUACAGUACCUUCCUACAGGAUUACUGGCUAAUUUGGGGGUGGGGUUUAUACUGUUAGAGGUAUUACUAACAUGAUAACUACUUCCCUUAUAUGCAAACAUUAGAGCUAUAAUUUUAUUGAGUAAAACUGAUUAUGCAAGUUGACUGAGCAGCUUCUCAAAUAAUGUAGUUUUAUGAGAUCAUGGGAAACAUGAGCAAAGCUGCCCCUGACAUAAAAUGGUUCUUCAACCUGCUUUUCACCACAUCAAAUUUAAUCAGUAACAGACCAACACGGUCAAUCAGGUAAUUCCUAAUAUGAACAAAUGGGGGGAAAAGAAAAAAAAAAUAUGUACAUGAAUAAACAGGGGAACUAGAUGCGUUUUAGCAAGGAAUGUCAGGUGUUAAUUCUGGAUGAAACUUGUAUUGCAGUUUUCAUUUCCACAGUUGUGUGCUCAGAGUCUGACCCGAUGAGCUUCCAGACCAUCCUGCUGUUGUGUUGGGGGGCUGGCCAAAACCUGCUGCAGGGUUUGCACUAUUGAUACUCAUGCCAGCCAUUUGCUGAUUCAUCUGUGAAACACACAAAAGACUUAGUUUAAGAGGAUUACUUCAUUUUCAGUUCUUGCUUCUUUAGCCUCAGUUGGGUAUUUUUUCAUCAAUGUGAAAAUUAGUUAAAGCACUUAGGUGAAAGACUAACAUAUACAUAUUUCUUUACAGAAAGCAAAUAGAUACUUUGUUCCCUUGUUAUUUUCUUCCACUUUUUAGUAUUAAUCUCAAUCAUUUUCAUUCAUUUUCUAGAUCCAAUUUCUUUUUUUUAAAAUAUUUUAAUUUUUUAGUUGUAGUUGGACACAAUACCUUUAUUUUAUUUAUUGUUACAUGGUGCUGAGGAUAGAACCCAGGGCCUCACAUGUGCUAGGCGAGUGCUCUACCACUGAGCUACAACCCCAGCCCUAGAUUCAAUUUCUUAUUAACCCUAACUGAAUGGGGAGAGAACAAUCUUUGAAUUUGCAUAUGGGAUUAUAUUAUAAAAUGAGUCCAUUACUCUUUAUUUUGAGAUACUAUACUAAGAAUAUUUUACUUUAUGAAAUUUUCUUAGUUCUAAAAUUAUCCUAUAAACCUAGCAUGAUGGCUAUAAUUCUCUAUUAAAAUCUUAAAUGGGUCUUUAUACUUUCUAAAUAUUAAAGUUCAUAAAGAAUAUUUUUCCUCUUUGUUCUAACAACACUAACAGUUAAAAUUUGCAGUAUGAAAUUUCUUCCAGAUUGGAGUCAAGUAUAUUUAUAAGCAAGCCUCUUAGCCCUAUGGUUCUCUUACUAUCAGGAUUGGUGAUAAGAGAAGGAAAGGCAAAAUUUACCAUCAUGUACAGAGUGAAUUUGAAACCUAUGCUCAGGGUAAGAUUGUAUUCUAUUUGCAAUCUCUGAAAGACAAGAACAACUACAUUGCUGAUCAGACAUAAGUGUCUGAAGGGCAGGCAGAUUACAUUUUCAUACCUACUGAAGGAUAUUUUAACCACUUUAUCAUUGGCCAAUAAAUUUCACUGACAGUGUGCUGGAGAACAGCAUCGCCCUUUUGCACUAUCUGAGAGUUAGGCCAACAUUAACUCCUUAUGGGUUAAUCUGCACCUAAAUCCGAGCUGAGUGUGUUAGCACUUUGGUCACAUAAAGCUGUUUAUUUAGUACUUGAGAUUCCUAGAAGGUAGAGACUUCUGUGAAUCAUGAGUGUAAAUAAAUAAAUUGAAACAUUCAUAUGAUAUACAAUAAUUCUGCUACAAUCAUUAGAAUCAAGACUAUUCCCUGAAUGUUCUCAAGGUAAAAUUCUGAUCACUUAGAAACCAAGACCACCAAAUGGGGAAGAGGAACAUAAAUCUAAGUCUAGGAGCUUUUGUCUAUGGAGCUAAAUUCAGAACAGAGUGCCUAAGAUAGAAAUGUUCUCUUGGCUCUAAACAAACUUAGGUAGAAAAAGAAUUUUAUAAUAUGAAGGAAUGUCUGAGACAAGUACAGACUUUUCAUACCUUAUGGGAAUUCUUGAGCCAGUGGAUACACUUUAAAUAUAAAGUCAUUACAGAUCAUAUAAAAAGGAAAUACAAUUUUACAAGGGUUACUGAACAAAAAAGUUUCUAUAAAUCCAUGGGCAGUAGUCACAGGACUUGAAGACAGCUUUGAUCCCUCAUAAAAUUGUGCUUUGAUAGGUGAGAAAAAUCCAGCCUCAUAUUGUGAAAGUUAAGCAAAAAAGAUCCAAAAAUUUGCCGGUAUAAUGGCACACACCUGUAAUCCCAGUAGUUCAGGAGGCUGAGGUAGGAGGAUCAUGAGUUCAAAGCUAGUCUAAGCAACUCGGCAUCACCCUAUCUCUAAAUAAAAUAUUUUAACAGGGUUGGGGAUGUGGCUCAGUAGUUAAGUAGUGCCCCUGGGUUCAAUUCCCAGUACUAAAUAAAUAAAUAACUGGUAAAGAUAGGUUGGUCUAAGUAGACAUCAAAAACAUCCUACUAGGGAGCCAGGAAAAGCCUGAUGCUAACCUCAAAGGUGGCAGACAAGAAGUCUCUCAUCAUCCCUCAGAUAAAUUUCUAGCUAUUAUAAACAGACCAGGCAUUUUUACCAUGACAGUAGUGUUACAAUCUGAAAUGAAGAAAAAAGGAACCUAACAGUUCUUUACAAAAUACUUUAAAAAAUAGGGACAGUGACAAAGCAUUUAUCUCUCUGAUGCAACUUUUGAUCUUAUAUUAUCCUUAGUCAAUUUCCUUGAUAGAGAGUAAAUGACUCCUACCUGUGAGAAGCUCCACUGAGGCUGUUGAGCUUGUGGGAGGCCAAACUUACUCUGAGGUGCACCCAUCUGUCCUACCAUUCCUCCUUGGGGGGCAACAACAUUUUGAGGAAGUGGCAUCACACCAGUUUGUGCAUUUCCCAUAAACCCAUUAGGCAUGGGCAUGCCCACCAUCAUGCCUGUACUCUGUCCCAUCACAUUUCCUAGAAGGCUGGGCGCUGCAGGCACAGGUACACCCAUUGAUGGAAAACCUUGAAAUGCAGCCGGUGCUUGUGAGGUAAAUGGUAUAUUUGUGGGUCCCAUAAACACACCUGUAACACAAGAACCAUGAAGAGAAAAAUGAAAAACAGGGCCAUUGUAUAUAGUUACACUCACCUUUAUAGACACAGAAAAAGGAUUACCAUUUUCUGAUAUACCUACAGCAAAAAUUUUCACUCUGAUCUGGCUGUUUUUCCUCCUACGAACAGCCCAAACCUAAACAUUUGGAGCUGUUUAUUUCUAGAAUAAGCAAAUCAGUUAUUAACCUAAGAAAAUUUAAUUAGAAAAUAAAACUCUCAGGCAAUAGCCACAUUAAAUACCUCCACUGUAAAGACCAAAUUACUCAGCAUGAGAGUAUCUGCUUUCUCUGCUGACUUGCACCACAUGUCUCCCAGUACCAAAUAGGCAAAUGAGAGUUGACUAUAUUUGGCUUUAUAACGAAGUAGUUGGAUUGUUAUACAAUUUCAGCCCAUAUGUGAAAUGCAGCUCACUAUUUAAGAGGAAAUGGUCUAGACAGAUUAAAACUGAAUAAAUUUUAUGCUAGUUUUUCAUUGUAAUGACAAAACAUUUCAAAGUUUUUGGAAUCAUGUAAUAAUUCAGACUGCUUAUUGUUUACUUACAGUAGUACACAGUCAUAAACUUCCUGUAAAUAAAAUUUCAAUAAUUCUUCAAAGAUAAUCCAUGUCCUAUAAACUUGUGAAAAAAUAUUAAGUGAUACAUGAACAGCUUGUUAAUUCUAACUGAAUAAAGUUUUGUGAAUUCUG